AAAAAUGACAGCUUGAAACUUCUCACUACCAAUUAUUAGAACUUACUUGAUCCAUUCUUGGUUUUUUUGAACAGAUCAUGGUUUUGCAUCAACGUAUAAAAAGUGAAAAUUAUUAUAUACUAGUGAAAAUACUCCAAAAUUCUUCGAUGGAGAUUGAACUAGAAGAACUAACCUUAAGGCAUUUCAUUACUUUAGCUCUUUCUCAAUCUUUCGGGAUCUUUGGAUCAGCUAUUUCCGUGGAUAUAAUUCACAGGGACGCGUCGCUUUUGUAUCUCAGGUGUCACAUCAAUGACUCUGAGAAACUUUUAUUAGCCCUUGGUUCUUAUAUUCGAGAGCCAGAGCAAGUCCGUUUUCAAGUAUUACAUGCAUCAAAUUUUUUGUUUAAAAUUGGACCCAAACCGAUUUCAUUUUACUAAAUUAUUACUUUAAAGUCAUUUCAUUUUUCUUUUUGAGCAAGCUACUAAAUUAAUUUACCUUAAAUAGCAAACACGGGCGUACAUCCAC